AUGUUGGUGUUCUUGGAGCAUGGGACCAGCUACGAUGGCAAUGCUCUACGGGAUAUAUGUCCUCGGAGACAGGAAGAACUCGUCCGGCUCCUAUUGGAAAAUCAAGCCGACGUCAAUGCUCAGGGUGGAUAUUACGGCAAUGCUUUACAAGCUGCGUGCUCUUCAGGACACGACCAAAUUGUGCAUAUUAUGCUGAACCAUGGAGCCGAUAUCAAUGCCCAGGGUGGACACUACGCUAAUGCCCUUCGAGCGGCUUGUUGUUUGGGAUUCAAAAACAUUGCGCGGCUACUAUUAGAGCACGGAGCUAAUGCCAAUGCUCAUUGCGGUGUCUUCGACACUGCUUUUCAAGUCGCUUGUUCUCGGGGACAUGUAACACUUGCGCAUCUGCUCUUGGAAUAUGGAGCCGAUGCCAAUGCUCACAGUGGAGGCUACGACAAUGCUCUACAGUCCGCUUGUUCUCGGGGGAUGAAAUGA